CAUUACGACUCGACUCUCUCUCUCUCUACAAAUUAGGCGACUCUCUCUCUCUCUCUUAAUCAAAGCCACCCAUUCCUUCUUCUUCCACCUUUCGAUUUCACAACUUUGAGUUUGCUAAGCUACUUCGCACACUCACAUGGCCGAUCGCCGAGUCGAACAGGCCGACCCCUUCCUCCGAAAGUACCAGUCUUCAGAGCUUAAAAUCGCUUCCGAGUUUCUCACCACUUGGCUUCCUUUCCUCUCCAGAGAUCUUUGCCAUGGUUGCACCGACAUCCUUUCCGAUCGUAUUCGCUCUCUCGAAUCAGAGGUCGACGGUGAUUCAGAAUUGUUACAAUCUGAUGCGAAUUUAAACGCUUCUGUAUCGGAUAAUUCGAAAUUGAUGGAGCAGAUUAGUGAUAAUCAAGCGGAACAUUUUGAUGGGAAUUCAGUAGGGAGUGGGAAAGAUAGGGAUGAUACCAAUUCAUUGGGUAGUUGGAAAGAUGGGGAGAAUGGGUCAUCUGAACCUGUUCAUGAACCUUCAAGUGAAGGGGCUUGUGAGCCUUCUUCUAUGGAGACUCCCAGUCCUCGAAUGUCUUGGGCUGACAUGGCCCUAGAGGAUGAACUUGAAGAAGAGGGUGGGGACGAAGAAGAAGAAGAAGACCAACAAUCGAGCAAGCGAGUGGUCAAUGAUAAUGUUUCAACUGGAGAACUGAGGACAUCUAAGGUUAUUCAAAAGCCCAAAUUGUCUAGGGAACAGAGGGAGUACAUUAGGUUCACGAGUGUACAGAGGAAGAAGGAUUUUAUCUGCUUGGAGAGGAUCGAAGGCAAAAUAGUGAACAUUGUUGAUGGACUUGAACUCCACACGGGAAUUUUCAGUGCUGCAGAACAGAAGAGGAUAGUAGAUUAUGUUUACAUGCUUGAGGAGAAAGGCAGAAGGGGAGAACUGAAAGAACGCACUUUUACCGCUCCUCAAAAGUGGAUGAGGGGAAAGGGACGUGUUACCAUUCAGUUUGGGUGCUGCUACAACUAUGCAACGGAUAGAAAGGGUAACCCUCCUGGGAUUCUCUCGAAGGAAAAUGUAGAUCCACUACCUGAUCUUUUCAAGGUCAUUAUAAGGAGGCUAGUGAAGUGGCAUGUACUUCCCCCAACUUGUGUACCUGACAGUUGCAUUGUCAACAUUUAUGAAGAGGGGGACUGCAUACCUCCUCAUAUUGACAAUCACGACUUUGUUCGACCAUUCUGCACAGUAUCAUUUCUUAGUGAAUGGAAGAUGCUUUUCGGAUCAAACUUGAAAGUUGUUGGUCCGGGUGAGUUUGAUGGGCCAUAUGCGAUUCCUCUGCCCGUGGGAUCUGUUCUUGUUCUGAAUGGAAAUGGAGCCGAUGUUGCUAAGCAUUGUGUGCCUGCAGUACCAAAAAAGAGGAUAUCUAUUACAUUUAGAAGAAUGGAUGAAUGGAAACGACCAAAUGACUAUGCCCCAGAACCUGACUUGGAGGGAAUUGAACCAUUGCCUUAUGAUGUUGCAGAGAAGUCAAAUGGUCCUCAAGUAGUGGAACACCACAGAAGGAGAUAUCCAAACAGAAGAGGAGGUCAAAAUAACAUGGCUGCAAGGGGAUCUGCUGGGAGAAGUGACUUUUCCCCCCAUUCGGAAACUCACUACCCAUACCGGGGUCAACGAGGGCCAGGAAAUUGGCGAAGAUCAGGUUGAAUUUUUGCAGCCGGUGCAUACUGCUUUGACAUUUUAAUCCCUAGAUAGCUGAUUAUGCUUGUUGAGGUUGUGAUUGUUUUCUGAUGAUUAUCCCUACAUGUGAGGCUCCAAAGAACUAAAAGCAGGCGUGACUGGGUUUUUACAUCUUUGUACAUUCAUCUAUAGGUCUACCAUAUCUUGUUUGGUCUUUAGAUUUUUCAGACGACCAAUAUUUAAAUUGCCUAAAUAUAGAGGCUGUAUUCAAUUUUAUUUUUUUCCUUGUUCGUGUUUUCCUCCAUUCAGGAAUUUUUGACAGUGAAAGUGAGUAAUAUCUUUAAGCAUGAAUUGAACCUCUGAAUUUCCCUUA